ACAUUCUGAUUGGCUGUCUUCACGCUGCUGCUGAUGUGGUUCUCCGGGGUUAGCAGACCUGCUGUGCGGAUAGAGUCCAGCACACAGUCGGUGAAAUAACGUCGUGUCGUGUUCAGAAUGCCUUACUACCAAACGUGGGAGGAGUUCGCGCGUGCAGCGGAGAAGCUGUACCUGACAGACCCGAUGAAGGUCAGAGUGGUCCUGAAGUACAGACACUGUGAUGGAAACCUCUGCAUUAAAGUGACUGAUAAUGCUGUGUGUCUACAGUACAAGACGGACCAGGCCCAGGACGUGAAGAAGAUCGAGAAGCUCCACGGAAAACUCAUGAGACUCAUGGUGUCCAAAGAGACGCACAGCGGCGCCAUGGAGACGGACUGACGGGCUCUACCAGGACUAGAGCGCUUGGACUGAGCUCAGUGGACACAGUGAUUGUUGAGAGCACAGUACCAUCAGAGUGCCGAGUCUCAGAGAUGGACAGAAGUACAGAGGGAGUGUGGUGAGGUUGAUCCGGCUGCCUUCACAGGUUGAAUACCAUCAGAGAUGUGAUCUAUAUACUGUAUAUAUUUUAUUCUCUCAGGAUGUUGUUAUUUUUGCUACCUGCUUAGUCAAUAAAACCCAUUAUUCUACUUGUCCGUGUUGGGCAUUUUGUUCGUAUCUCUGAUGGUAUAAAGGAAGUGCAGAGGAGGAAGCUGAGUAAUUGAAGGAAAUGAACGAAGGAGAAGAUGUUUGGGUUUGGGAAGUGUGGGACAAAAAGAACAAAUCAUCUGCUGCUGUGUGCGCAGCUCUGGUACCUUGAUUUCUUUAGAGGGGGAUUGUAUUUAUUUUAUUUUUUAAACAGGGUGUGAAAAACCGGCCAAGAAGGCAGAAAGGUUCUUUUUUUUUUUUUUUUCACCUUUGCUGGAGUCUAUUUCAACACAGCGUUCUUUCAUUUUAUGUCCCCAUGGACGAGUGCCACAUGAAUGAAAAAUAACCUUUUGAUUUUUUAACAAUGAUUUCCUAAAUGAAAACUUGAUGCCUCCGAAUGCUUUUUCAUCAACUGAGAAUAUCUGUUCUACAUGUUCAAUAAAUGUUAAGUUACCCCAGCA